AAGCAGACUUUGUGGAAAGAAGAACAAACAGGUAUUCCGCGGUGCCUUUCAAUAAUCUCCAGUUUGUGUUACUGCAUUUAGUUCCAGAUGAAACUGAGAAGCAACAAGGCAGAGCAUUGUUGUGUCCUCGUGUCCCUUCUCAUGGCACAAUGUUUAAAAAGGGUGGGAGGCACAGCAGCUCUACAUUUGGCCAAUAGAGCAACGAGAGCUGCACUUUAAGCUUCACUAUGGAGAGGCAGGACGUUUCAUUUGGGCUUUUAGAAUAAAGCAACGAUGGAGGACGCAGACGAUGACGUAGCCGUUAUCGGCAUUGGAUGCAACUUCCCCGGAGGUGAAGGGUUGGACAACUUCUGGAGGGUUUUGUUGGAGGGAAAGAACUGUGUUGUAGAUAUUCCACCUGAGAGGUUUGACACCACGUUUUGGUACGAUGCCGAUGGCAACAAACCCGGAAAGACACAAACAACCAAAGCAGCUCUCAUCGAAGGCUUUAAUGAAUUUGAUCACAAGUUUUUCGGCAUUACUGAAGCAGAGGCUGAAUUCAUGGACCCUCAGCAGAAACUCCUCCUGCAGUGCACAUACAGGACAUUAGAAGAUGCUGGAAUGUCAAUGGAAACCAUCAGUGGAAGCAGAACUGGAGUUUACAUAGGUCUAAUGAACAGGGAUUACGAGAUACUUCAAAGCGACAAUCCGACAACGAUAUCCCACUACAAUGGCACUGGGACGGCCAUGAGUGUGGCUGCCAAUAGACUCUCCUUUACCUUCAACCUCACUGGCCCUUCUCUUGCUAUCGACAGUGCCUGCUCUUCUUCUUUGGUGGCUCUUCAUUUAGCCUGCCAGGCCAUAAAACAAGGAGACUGUGAGAUGGCUCUUUGUGGAGGUGUCAGUUGCAUCAUAGAGCCCAGAGUGUUCGUAGCUCUGAGCAAGGCCAAGAUGAUCUCACCCGACGGCACCAGCAGACCUUUCUGCAGCAGAGCAGAUGGCUACGGGAGAGGAGAGGGCUGCGGGGUCGUUCUCCUCAAGCCUCUGAAAACCGCCAUGAAUGACUGCAACAAAAUAUGGGGUCUCAUCAGCAAAACAGCGGUCAACCAAGACGGACACUCGGUCACUCCGAUCACCAAACCCUCCACGACUCAACAGGAGGAACUCCUGCGUCGGAUCUACUCCGAGUCGGACGUGGCAAACGUCCAGUACAUAGAGGCGCAUGGCACCGGCACGCCAGUCGGAGAUCCGAUAGAGGCGGGGAGCAUUUCAAACGCCGUCGCUAAAGCCAGACCUCCCGGUUCGGAGACUCUGCGGAUCGGCUCUGUGAAGGGCAACGUCGGACACACGGAAUCGGCCGCCGGGGUGGCCGGACUCAUCAAGGUCCUGCUGAUGAUGAAGCACGAGACCAUCGUGCCCUCGGUUUUCUACUCGGAAGACAAUGCCAGUGUGGACGUAAAAGCUUUGAGGAUAAGUAUUCCGGUUAAAGCCGCAAGAUGGGAAACGGUGGGGUCACUGGGAAGGCUGGCUGGGGUCAACAGCUUCGGGUUUGGAGGCACAAAUGCACAUGCGCUCAUAAGAGAGUACAGAAAGACGACCGCGCCCACUCGGAUCCCCAAAAGCGGUCCAAAACUCUUUGUAAUAUCUGCGGCCUGUGCGAAAUCGCUGAUCCUGUCCGUCAACGACACCCUCCAGAGGCUUUGCCGUAAUCAGUCAGUUGAUCUACAGGCACUGUCGUACACCUCGGCAUGUGGGAGGAGUCAUUCCAGACACAAAUAUCGCAAGGCUUUUCCAACAUCUUCCCUCCCAGAUUUAGAACAACAGCUGACGUCUGCGCUGAAGACAAAUGUCGAUUCUAUCAUGUCUGACAUCCAGGUGGUGUUUGUGUUUUGUGGAAAUGGGGUUGCUUACAGGGGAAUGUGCAAGUGGCUCCUGAGAGAGAAUCCUGUUUUCAGAGACAAGGUCAGAGAAGUUGAGAGUCUCUUUCAAAGCCAUAAGAGCGUCAGCAUCAGCGAAUGGAUCGCUGGUGAAUUCGAUCGUGCUGUUUUCGAUCAGCCAGAUGUGGUCCAGCCUCUUCUUUUCGCCAUUCAGGUUGGCAUCGCCGCUCUCCUAAAGCACUCGGGUGUCAAACCCGACACCGUGAUCGGGCACUCUGCUGGCGAGGUUGCUGCCGCUCACUGUUCUGGACUCUUGUCCCUCGAGGACGCCGUGAAAGUGGUGUACCACCGCAGCGCUCUUCAGAGCAAGGUCACCGGCGGGAAAAUGCUCAUUGUCGGUAAUUGGGCUGUUGAAAACGUGUUAAAGAUCCUUCCAGAGUUUUCUGGGAAAAUGUGCGUUGCUGCUUUCAACAGCCCCCGGUCCUGCACCCUGUCGGGGGAGGCAGCCGCUGUGGACACCCUUCAUCGGAGGUUGAAGACGCUUACGGAAGAGGGUCUCUUCCUCCACGAGUUGGAUGUGCCGGCAGCAUACCACAGCCACAUGAUGGAUCCCAUCCUCGAGGACAUCGAGGAAAGCAUCGGGCCCUUGGGUGCCAACGACCAAGAGUGCAAACUCUUCUCGACAGUGACAGGAGGCAGGUGUUCGGAUGGUGACUUCAGAACCGGAAGCUACUGGGCCAGGAACAUUCGAGAGCCUGUCUUAUUUGAGCAAACACUGCGCGCCGCCGCCAGGGACAAGCAAUCGAGGGCAAAUGUGGUGUUUGUGGAGAUUGGACCUCGCAGGGCUCUGCAAAGAAGCAUCCAUGAAACCUUGGGGGAAAACGCCGUCGUUCUUUCCUCCGUCCAGCCAGGGAAAGAUUCCUACACCAUCUUGUCUACUGUGGGCAAAUUGUUUGAGCUGGGCAUCAAUGUGGACUGGCAUCAGCUCUACAGGGGUUGCGAGACGUUGCCCACGGAACUUCCAGUUUAUCAGUUCAUUAACACAAAAAAAGAGUUGAACUUCGACUCUUUGAGAGAAGGUGGAAACUCAUCUGCGUUUCGCCCCCAUUCGCUGAUAUCCCAAACGAAGCAGGAUAACACGGAGUACACGUGCAACAUCUCCUCAGACACCGCCCCAUAUCUGUGGGAGCACAAAAACAGCGGCGUUGCCAUCGUGCCGGGCGCGUUCUAUGUCGAGCUAGCUUAUGCCUCUGUGAUGGCAAGUUCAAGGCCCAGGAAACCGGUUUCUCAGCUCCGGCUCAGUCUGAGGUUUGAGAGUCUGUUCACGCUCAGCUCAAACUUUCACCAGCUGAAAGUGACACUGGAUCACGCAGAGAAUGGAGCUUCAUUUAAAAUACAUUCUGCUGCCGCGACACAUACCUCCGGCACAUACACGUGUGCGGAUGGCCACCUGCUGUUGGAAGAACCAGCGGUCUGUCUCGACAUGAUCUACCAAAGGUGCAAAUUGGUUAUGAAGAGAGAGGAGAUUUAUUCAAUUCUUUCUGUGGCGGGAUUUGAAUACGGAGCUGUCUUCAAACAGCUUGAUGAAGUGCGCUUUGGAGACGAAUUCAAGGAAGCUGUGGCAGCGAUCAAGGCACCCGAUGAACUUGUGCAACACCUCCAUGAGUAUUCCAUCCACCCUGUGUUACUGGACUACUUCUUGCAAAUGACUGCUGUCGUGGCCAUUGGCCGGCUAACAGCGAAGCAGGGAUUCCCCUCCGCCAUCGGUGGAAUAGCCGUAUCCGGACCGCUGCAAGAAGAAAUGGUCAUGUACUUACGAGCCACACAACAGACCCCAGACUUCCUUGAUGUGUGUGGUAGCAUUUCCACCCCAGCGGGCCAUGUACUGGUGGAGCUCACGGGUGUGAGGAUCUCAUUUUUGGGCAAUUGCUCUAGUGCUCUUCAGUCACGCUUCUUCCACAAUGAAAUAACUCCAAUUCCUGACAUCGGAGACUUGCAAAAUCGCAAAAUAAAAGCAAUAGUGUUUGGCGACAAACUUGGCAUAGCUGAAAGGCUUAAGCCGUACCUACACGCGGAGUCGGCACUUGUGGAGAGCCGAGAGCACUGGAUGGCCGACCAAGUCCGUGGUUUAGUGUUUGGCCUUCUUACCAACGCUGAUGUAGAAAACGUUCUCUUCAUCUGGGGUGUGGAGGACCUCAGCCACUUGUCAUCCGAGCAGCUGCUUGACUGCUCGGUGAGUUGCUGCGAGCUGCUUCGCCAGAUUGUUUUAGCCGUGAAAGAGAGCAAACGCUCUUGCGCCGUCCGCGUCAUUACCUACCGGUCGUCAGAAACGCUGGUGGACCGCCUCAGCCCGGGUCUCGUGCUGUCUGGCAUGACGAGGGCUUGUUCAGCGGAGAUGCCGGAGAUCUCCUUUCAGCUGGUUGACCUCGCUUCCGCGACCGGCGAGGACGUCGAAACGCUGGCUCGCGUGAUAAACACCUGCAAGGAACAAGAGGUGGCGAUCGGCAAAGGCCGAGCAUCGACGACGAGAACAGCACGGACGCCCGCGAGGGGCGGGGCUUCAUGUGAAGGUGACACACGCUCAGUGUGCGAGAGCGACUUUGUUCUGCAGACAGCGGAUCCAUACAGAGCGGUUCACUUGUCGGCCAUCCCCCGCGACACCGAUGCAGAUGUUAUCCAGGAGAACUCAGUUGAGAUUCGGCUGACCAACGUGUGCGUGCACUCCUCUGAUUACUUUCCCGUCACCACGUCGCACUGGAACUUUGGAAAGACGUUGUACUGGAACAAGCACGCGUCACAAAACCACAGGCUUCUCGCUUUAGAUUUUAGCGGCAUCGUUACAGCUGUCGGCAAGGAUGUUCACAAUCUAAGGGAGGGAGAUUGUGUUGCUUCCUGUUAUCCAGUCGCCGCCGCGGCAAAGAUUAGGAUUCCCGAAACGGUGUGCUACAACACCGAAAGACUCCCGUUUCUGAAAGAGGCCCCAUGUGUGUCUUACUUCAUACUUGCAUGGGAGAUCCUGCAGAAGAUCCUGUUUACGGUGAAACAGCAGCACAGGAAGCUGACCAUCAUCUCCUCCAACUCGGCGUCGGCUCUGGUGAAAGUUUUGGCCCUGACGGCAAACCGGUCCGGCUGGAAUGUUUCCUCUCGGCCACAUUUCAGAGGAGGAGCGCUCCAUCUGGAUCAGUCGCACGCGUUGGUUUUUCUGUCCCCGCGCGAUCUCUCUUGGGACGGGAUGCACGAGAACGGAAGUCUCGUCAGACACGUCGUUUUUGUCAAUGGCGGUCACGCGUCAUCGUCCUUCCCAGCAAACAUGCUUGCGCUGAAGAGUGGACACAUCCAUGUUCAUGAACUCAAUGUUGCCGAUGUUCUCCAGAGAGCCAGUCUGCAAACGCAGAGCAGGGCCUUCUCUAAUUGGCUGUUGUCAUUAGGCUUUGAUACACGAUCUCUACCUUUGAAAAGUGAGACUUUUCCAUCAGCGGGCGUGGAAGAGCCUCAGGACGACGCGGACGCCGAGUCCUACUUCACAAAAAAGACGCUGCAGCAAGUUGUUCUGAAUCACGGAGAACCUGUCUGUCAAGCGUCAGACGUCCCUUUGCUCGCACGGUCUGGCCAACUAUUCAAACAAAGUUGUGUUUAUAUUGUAACUGGAGGGCUCUCUGGUUUGGGAUUUGAGACGGUAAAGUUCAUUACCCAUAACGGGGGAGGUUGUAUUGCAACGCUGUCCAGGAGUACUCUGACCGAUGAGAUGCGGUUUGAAAUGGAGCUCCUCCAGAGAAGGUACGGGGUGACCAUCGUGAACGUCAAAUGUGACGUCUCUGUGUCGAUGCAGGUGGCGGACGCCCUCUCAAACAUCAAACAAAGAUUCCCAUCUUGUCCAAUCAGAGGGGUGUUCCACAGUGCUGCGGUGCUACACGAUGCGUUGAUCGAAAACCUCGAUGAGUCGCUCAUCCGAAAGGUGCUGCGGCCGAAAGUCAGUGGGGCUCUGAACCUUCACCGCGCAACGCUUACCAACCAGCUGGAUUUCUUCGUGUGCUACUCCUCCAUCUCCUCAUUCAUCGGCAACGCCUCCCAGUGCAACUACGCCGCCGCCAAUUCUUUCCUCGACACGUUCUGUCAUUACAGGAGACACCUUGGACUCGCCGGUCAGUCCAUCAACUGGGGCCCUCUGAACCUCGGCCUCCUGUUGAACAAAGGCCAUUUCCAAAAGUUCCUGGAGGCGAAAGGAAUGAUGACAAUGGAUGUGUGCGACGUCCGAGAGGCCCUCCAGCUGUGUCUUCUGAUGAACAGGCCGCAACAAGUCAUUUGCAAGUUCAACUUCAAAAAUCUCCACGUUCACGUCCUGUCCCAGAACGCGUCCCUCAGAGAACGUCUGUCGCCGCUGGUGGAAGCAGAGCUAAAAGAGGAACUAAGCCAUCAGCCCAGAGUUCAUUUGUCUUCCACGUUCCACAGCGUGAGAACGAUUGUCAGUGACGUCAGCAACGUUGGCGUGGACGAGCUGGAUGGGGACCUGGCGCUGUGUGCGUUGGGUAUUGACUCCAUGUUGGCCAUGACACUGCAGAAUAAGAUUUUCCAAGAGACGGGUGUCAAUGUGCCUUUGGUUAAAAUACUGGACCCCAACUGCACAGUUUCCUCUUUGGAAGCUUUUGUAAAGAAUAAUGGAUCGUUUCAAUUAGCUGCAUCAAAAAAUACUUUGGAUGAACAAGUGAGAAAUUAAAAAUGCUUUGAUGUCAUUUUUGUAUUGCCAUGGAGACUGUAAUGAUGUUUUAUCGAGUCAGUUUGGUGGAAAUAAUUUGCUUGUAUUACAACCAGAUUACGAUAUCUUCUGGUUAGUAAUGUAUGUAUGUUGCUGAAAGGUUUUCUGUGAAACAUCUGUAAAAUAAAUCCAACCAUUUAUUGGGUUAAAAAAAGACUGGUGUUAUUUAUUUGUAUUAUUUGUGAUCACUAAAGAUGAUUUUUGGAAGGCUGAAUAAACAAAAUGAGCCUUCGUGAUUCAAUUGGAAGCUGUGCCUUGCUGAUUAAAUACAAGUACAGUUAAGUCAUCUGCAUUAAC